AUGUGCCUUUUGCUCCUCCUUCUCCAAAGCUUCUACGGCGCCCAAGCGGCUCCUGCCGCUGUCGAUCCAGCUUCUCUUUCCUUGAACACCAUUAUUGCACCGAAUCUCCGCACAAUUCCCUCCCUCUCUAGCGAAGAAUCCAUCAACGCGCUCGCCCUCUUCUUGAACACCUCGAAUCCGGCAGGCAUAGUCUUAUACCGCGUCCCAGACACCAGCACCCUCCUCCGUAUCGGCCUCCAGGAUAACCCCAUCCAGAAGCCCAAUAUCGGUCGCACCAUCCUCCGCACCCAGCAAUCCUUGGCCGCGUUCAUCAAGGCCUACGAUGCGGACGAUACACCCCUCGCCCGUCUCGACGACCCCUACGAAUCCGACAUCCGCUACUCCGGCUGCUUCUUCGGCGUCGCCACCUUCCCGAUCGGAUACCAUCACCUGACGUACGGGAUCGUGAUGAACGUGCUGCAGGGGCUGUGGCUGUAUCUGUACCGAGCGGGCCGGUUCCAGAUGGCGGCGUUUGAGGUCCGGGAUGAUCAGUUUGGCACCGUGGGCGUUGGGAAGAUCACGCCUGAUAGGCCGGACGGGUUGGUGCUGGGGAUGGUGGGCGCGGGGAAUGGGAGUGUGAGUUGA